UGUAUUUGACUUUUUUUUUUCUUUAGUCGAGAUUAUACUCACAAACACUCCUUUGCACAUCCAACGCCAAAACUAAGAAAAGGAAAAACACAGACAAGAUGACAGAUUUUUGUCAGCAAAGAAGAAAGAUUUGGUCCAUCAGAAUGCGAUUCACGUUGAGAUGAUCCGGAAAGAGCAAAGACAGCAAAUACUUCACACAGAGUUCAGCAUCAAUCCACACAGGAAAUUACACAUCAUACCAGACAAACCCAUGUCCAGGAAACAGAAAGAAGUGAUUUCAGAGAACUUGGACUUCAUUGAGGCCUUCCACAAAGCUCGCCAGGAGCCGACUAAGAAAUAUUCAACACCACUGACUGAGAGUCAAGAGAUUGGAUGGGUGUCCACUGCUCUGAUCCCUACCAAUCGUAAUGACGGCAGAUUCAAUUUCUACCGCCACAGCUCAGACAUCACCAAACAUCAAGAGUCUAUCCUGCGCUCUUCAAAAUAAACCUUCAAUAGAUUGGUAUACAUUUAAUGUUCCCUCAUUUAUUGCUGGGAUUGGUUCCCCAAUAGCCCACAAUAAGUGAAAUAAGUGUAUAAAUAAGUAUAUAACAUGUCUAAGGCUGUAAAACCCCUCACUAUACAAUUUAAACACCUUCUCAGAUAGGCAUGAACAUUUUUAUCACAUUUGUCUCUUGUUUUAAACACUCUCAAAUUUCAAAUUUAAUUUGAAUUAUAAUGAUUAAUUUAGCAGAUUGGAGACUUGAAAAUAAGACUCACGAAUUC